AAGAAAUGCUAGAGUCAGUCAGUCCAGAGAAAAAGUGAGAGAGUGAGUAGGUAAUUGACUUGGGAUUGACUCCAAAUAGGAUAAUAGUGAUUCUUUGCAUUUUGGGCAUCUGGCGUUCUUAGUCGCUACUGGGUUUCGCUUCUCUUUCAGCCUAAGGAGAUUAUCCAAUUGAUUUACAUGGGUAAGAGUAAGACAAUACACUUGUCUGGAUUCCCUUCAUAUGUUUCUGCUGGGAGUGUUAAGGAAUUUCUGGAAGGACACACAGGAGAAGGAACUGUGUAUGCUAUUAAGCUUCGGCCGCCUAAGAAUGGGGGUUCAAGAUCCUAUGCAGUUGUGCAGUUUACCUCCAUGAGACAUGCUGAGCUCAUUGUCGCUAAGGCUAGUCAGCGACUAUGGUAUGGAAGUUCCUAUCUCAAGGCAUCGGAAAUGGACCGUGACACUGUACCGAAGCCAAGAACAUUCCUCCACAGCUUGAAAAAUAUAAAACUAUAUUUUGGCUGUCCAUUGUCAAAGGAAAAAUUUUCUUUUCUAUGGAAUGUGGCAAAUGUGUCUGUGGAUUUUGGGACUGGCCUCCGAAAAUUACAUUUUUAUUUAAGAAAUGGUCUAGUGGAAUAUAGGCUUCAGCUAUCCUAUGAGAACCUUUGGCAAAUUGAGCUGCAUCGUCCACGUGGUCAAACAGCCAAAUUCCUUUUAAUUCAGUUGCUUGGCGGCCUUCGGGUUUAUAAGAAAGACGUGCGCUCUUCAGGAAAUAUAUUUGAAGACCCUCUCUUUAACUAUUUCAUGGACACCCCUGAUGACCAAUGGGUUCGGGCUACUGAUUUUACUCAAUCAUUUUCUAUUGGCCAAUCUUCUGCACUGUGUUUGGAGCUGCCUAACGGGCUUGAUCUGCCAAAUUUUCGAGAAAACUUUGCGUACUAUAAAGAAAGUGAAGAGCAAUUUAUCUUGGAGCGUGGUUGCGCUUUUUCUUGCAACUUGGAUCUAGUCCCUAUUGUUGGUCCUCCUUCAGAUGUUCAUUUACCAUUUGAGAUUAUAUUCAAAGUAAAUCUACUGCUUCAGAAUGGAUGUCUUUCAGGACCUACACUCGAUGCUAGUUUUUAUCGGUUGGUUGAUCCAAGAAGAGUCGAUGCUGAGUGUAUAGAUUAUGCCCUUGAAAAACUAUAUGCUUUAAGAGAAUGCACCUUUCAACCUUCAUUGUGGCUUUCUGAGCAGUACAGGAAGUACCGUGCGUCAAGGAGGCAUCCUAAACCAUCAACAAUAGCCUUAGAUGCUGGGUUGGUGUAUGUAAGGAGGGUCCAAGUUACACCGACUAAAGUAUUUUUUUGUGGUCCAGAAGUUAAUGUCUCUAACCGCGUGUUACGCCAUUAUAGAGAUUAUAUUGACAAUUUUCUUCGUGUUUCAUUUGUCGAUGAGGAGUUGGAUAAAUUGUUUUCAACAGAUUUAUCUCCACGCACAUCCACUGGAAGUGAGGACAGAAAAACUGAAAUCUAUGACAGGAUUCUCUCUGUUCUUAAAAAUGGAAUUAAGAUUGGUGAUAAGAAGUUUGAAUUCCUGGCUUUCUCUUCGAGUCAAUUACGUGAAAAUUCUCUGUGGAUGUUUGCUGCAGAAGAUAAUCUAGAUGCUGGUCAAAUAAGAGAGUGGAUGGGAGAGUUUUGCAGCAUAAGAAAUGUGGCAAAGUAUGCUGCCAGACUAGGUCAAUCUUUUGGAUCUUCUACGGAAACUCUUAAUGUUUAUGAUUAUGAGGUUGAAAAUAUUCCUGAUGUAGAAAAGAUUGCACUGGAUGGAGUCAAGUAUGUUUUCUCUGAUGGUAUUGGAAAAAUAUCUUCAGAAUUUGCUAAGAAAGUAGCCUUAAAAUGUGGCUUCAAAGACUUCACUCCAUCAGCUUUUCAGAUUCGAUAUGGUGGAUAUAAAGGCGUUGUGGCUGUUGAUCCAAGGUCACAACUUAAAUUAUCAUUGAGGAAAAGCAUGUGCAAGUUUGAUUGUGAGCAUACAAAGCUAGAUGUUUUAGCCUACAGCAAAUUUCAACCUUGUUUUCUGAACCGUCAGCUGAUAUCUCUAUUGUCUACCCUUGGUGUUGAGGAUCAGGCUUUUCUGAAAAAACAAAGGGAAGCUGUAGAACAGCUUGAUGCUAUGUUGACUAAUCCAUUGAAAGCACAAGAGGCUCUGGAGUUGAUGUCUUCAGGUGAGACUAUUAACAUCCUGAAGGAGUUGCUCCUGUGCAAUUAUAAGCCUGAUGCCGAGCCAUUCCUUUCAAUGAUGCUGCAAACAUUCCGAUCAUCGAAGUUGCUGGAAUUGCGGACUAAAUCAAGGAUCUUUAUUCCAAAUGGAAGAGCAAUGAUGGGAUGUCUUGAUGAAACUGCAACCUUGAAUUAUGGGCAGGUGUUUGUGCAAUUUUCUGGAACCAGGCAUAGGCGAUAUUUUGAAGAUAGAUUUAUGUUUGAUGGUGUUGAUUCAAACCAGAAUUUUAUUGUCAAGGGAGUGGUGGUUGUUGCCAAAAACCCUUGCUUGCACCCUGGCGACAUUCGUGUUUUAAGAGCUGUCGAUGUGCCAGCCUUGCACCAUAUGGUGGAUUGUGUUGUUUUUCCACAAAAAGGACCAAGACCUCACCCAAAUGAAUGUUCGGGAAGUGAUCUUGAUGGAGAUAUCUAUUAUGUUUGCUGGGAUCCUGAUUUAGUUCCUAAGAAGCAAAUUGAACCUAUGGAUUAUACACCAGCGCCAAGCAAGCUCUUAGAUCAUGAUGUCACUGUUGAGGAAAUCAUAGAAUAUUUCACAAACUAUAUAGUCAAUGACAGCCUGGGAAUAAUUGCCAAUGCUCACACUGCGUUUGCAGAUAGGGAGCCUGGCAAAGCAAUGAGCCCGUCAUGCAUAGAGCUUGCAAAGCUAUUUUCAAUUGCUGUUGACUUUCCGAAAACUGGAGUACCAGCUGUAAUCCCAAGUCACUUGCAUGUCAAAGAAUAUCCAGAUUUCAUGGAGAAGCCUGACAAACCUACAUAUGAAUCUCAAAAUGUGAUUGGAAAGCUUUUCCGAAUGGUGAGGGACAUUGCGCCGCAUGAUAGCUCUAUGAAGUUCUUCACCAAAGAAGUCGCUAGGAGGUCUUAUGAUCCAGACCUGGAGUAUGAUGGAUUUGAGGAAUACAUUGAUGAUGCUUUCUUUUACAAAAGCAAUUAUGAUUACAAAUUGGGAAAUCUGCUGGACUAUUAUGGGAUCAGAACUGAGGCCGAAAUACUAAGUGGGAGCAUACUGAAAAUGUCCAAGUCUUUCACAAAGAGACGCGAUGCAGAAUCCAUUAAUAUGGCUGUAAGGUCUUUGAGAAAGGAAGCUAGGACCUGGUUCAAUGAAACUGGAAGUAGUCUAGAUUCUGAAGCUGAUGAGGUAUAUGCAAAAGCUUCAGCUUGGUACCAUGUCACAUAUCAUCCUGAUUAUUUUGGUUGUUAUAAUGAGGGUAUGAAUCGAGACCAUUAUCUUAGCUUCGCAUGGUGUGUUUAUGACAAGCUUGUGCAAAUCAAGAGGAAUAAUGCUAGCAUGAGAAAGUCUCUACAACUCUCUUCUCUGGAAAGGGAAUUCGGUCUUCGAUUGCAACUGGGAUGAGAAAUUUGGUCUUGUGUUAAUUCCUCUGAAGUGUGUAAAUAUCAGGGUAAACUUAAGUAAAACCUUUUAAUCAAUAAGUGGGUGUUUCUUCUAUCAUUUUAUGUAUACAUAUAUGGUACCGAUGAGUGAUAAUUAGAUCAUCAAGUCAAGUGUGUGUUGAUUGUCCAAUGUUGGCAAGUAUGUAUAUAUCAGAAUGCUACAAUUGCUUUCUUUAAAUGAUUUGUGUUUUUUGUCA